CGAGAGGAGGGAGCCCGGGUGACCCGCGCCUCACGACCCCGCCGUCACGAUCCCAGCCUGCGGCAGGACCCAGCCUGCUGAGGAAUAGUUAUCUGCUUAGUGUCAUCCUUCAUAUUUGGCAAUCUGAGGAAAAGGUCUGAGCCAGCAUGAAGACGGACUCUCCUCUUCAUUAGAGAAAAACUUUCUGCCUGACGCAGUUCAUUUCAAGAAGUGCACGAUGACAGAGCGUGGAAUUAAAUGGGCUUGUGAGUAUUGUACGUACGAAAAUUGGCCAUCUGCAAUCAAAUGUACCAUGUGCCGUGCUCAGAGACCUAGUGGAACAAUUAUCACGGAAGAUCCAUUUAAAAGUGGUUCAAGUGAUAUUGGUCGAGACUGGGAUCCUACAAGCACCGAAGGAGGGAGUAGUCCUUUGAUAUGUCCAGAUUCUAGUGCAAGACCAAGGGUUAAAUCAUCAUACAGUAUGGAAAGUGCAAAUAAAUGGUCGUGCCACAUGUGCACGUACUUGAACUGGCCAAGAGCAAUAAGAUGUACUCAGUGCUUGUCUCAACGUAGGACCAGGAGUCCCACGGAGUCCCCUCAGUCUUCAGGGUCUGGUUCGAGACCAGUUCCUUUUUCUGUUGACCCGUGUGAGGAAUAUAAUGACAGAAAUAAACUGAACACAAGGGCUCAGCACUGGACUUGUUCUGUUUGUACAUACGAAAACUGGGCGAAGGCCAGGAAAUGCGUGGUGUGUGAUCACCCCAGACCUAACAACAUCGAAGCAAUAGAACUGGCAGACACAGACGAGGCUUCUUCAAUCAUAAACGAGCAAGACAGAGCUCGGUGGAGGGGGAGCUGUAGUAGUGGGAAUAGCCAAAGAAGAUCUCCGCCUACAACCAAACGCGAAUCCGAUGUGAAAAUGGACUUCCAAAGAAUUGAAUUGGCUGGAGCUGUCGGCAGCAAGGAAGAACUUGAAGUUGACUUCAAAAAACUAAAGCAAAUAAAAAAUAGAAUGAAAAAGACUGACUGGCUGUUUCUAAAUGCUUGCGUGGGAGUUGUAGAAGGUGAUUUAGCUGCUGUUGAAGCUUACAAGUCAUCAGGAGGAGACAUUGCCCGCCAGCUUACUGCAGAUGAAGUACGCCUGCUAAAUCGUCCUUCUGCUUUUGAUGUCGGGUACACGCUUGUGCAUCUGGCGAUACGCUUCCAGAGACAAGACAUGCUAGCGAUUUUGCUCACGGAGGUGUCACAGCAUGCAGCCAAGUGCAUUCCUGCCAUGGUGUGUCCAGAGGUCACAGAACAAAUUCGUCGCGAAAUUGCUGCAUCUCUUCAUCAACGGAAGGGAGACUUCGCUUGCUAUUUUCUGACUGACCUUGUAACGUUUACGUUACCUGCAGAUAUUGAAGACUUACCGCCCACAGUCCAAGAGAAGUUAUUUGAUGAAGUACUUGAUAGAGAUGUUCAGAAAGAGCUAGAAGAGGAAUCUCCCAUCAUUAACUGGUCGCUGGAACUGGGCACCCGCUUGGACAGCAGGUUAUAUGCACUUUGGAAUCGGACUGCAGGGGACUGCCUGCUUGAUUCAGUACUACAAGCUACUUGGGGCAUUUAUGACAAAGAUUCAGUGCUGCGGAAAGCUCUUCACGACAGUUUACACGACUGCUCACAUUGGUUCUAUACACGCUGGAAAGAAUGGGAAUCGUGGUAUUCCCAAAGCUUUGGUUUACAUUUCUCGUUGCGUGAGGAACAGUGGCAGGAAGAUUGGGCAUUCAUACUCUCUCUUGCAAGCCAGCCUGGAGCGAGUUUGGAGCAGACACACAUUUUUGUACUUGCACAUAUCCUUAGAAGACCAAUUAUAGUUUAUGGAGUAAAAUAUUUUAAGAGUUUCCGAGGAGAAACAUUAGGAUAUACCCGGUUUCAAGGUGUGUAUUUGCCUUUGUUGUGGGAACAGAGCUUCUGCUGGAAGAGUCCCAUUGCUCUGGGCUACACGAGGGGCCAUUUCUCCGCUCUGGUUGCCAUGGAGAACGACGGGUAUGGCAAUCGAGGUGCUGGUGCUAACCUCAACACUGAUGACGAUGUCACCGUUACCUUUCUGCCCUUGGUGGACAGCGAGAGGAAACUAUUGCACAUUCACUUCCUUUCUGCUCAAGAGAUAGGUAACGAGGAGCAGCAAGAAAAGCUGCUUCGGGAGUGGCUGGACUGCUGCGUGACGGAAGGAGGGGUUCUCGUUGCGAUGCAGAAGAGCUCUCGGCGGCGCAACCACCCUCUCGUCACCCAGAUGGUGGAGAAGUGGCUCGAUCGCUACCGCCAGAUCCGCCCGUGUACGUCCCUUUCCGAUGGCGAGGAAGACGAGGAUGACGACGAUGAAUGAUGGUGGAAUGUGGGAAGGAAGUUACCAGCACGUAGUGUCUGACCUGGAGUUAGGGUUGUGCUGUAGCUGUUCGUUGUGGAACGACCUAAUUCUAGAAGAAACAUGCUGCAAGGGAUUUUUCUAACCAGCAUGGGGAGAGUCUAGAAGCUCAUCUGCUGCGUGGAGAGCACAAAAUGGGCUGGACUACAGUUUGUAUAAAAACAAAGAAAAAGAAACAAAACAGCUAAUUUUAUUAUCAAGACAGGAAAAAAACACAAACACUUUUCUUUCUGAUUGUAAAUCUGUCUAUAAAUGUACCGCAUGUGGUUGUGUAAGAGGUUGUGUAAUAGGAAGAGUAUACCAGCAUCUUAAUUAUUGCAAAGAAAUUUUUCAAAUAAGGGCACUUACGAAAGCACACGUUAGGUGGAUUUCUCUUCCCUCUGAGAUUCUUUCCCAGUAGAACAUGGGAUUCUACAUCACCUUCAGAUACUCUGACCCAGUUCUGUGAAAGGCCCUUUGAUGUGAAAUCUCACUAGUGCCCAGGUCAGGUGGUGAGGUUCUUUUUGUUUGCACAAAAUAUCCACAGCAAGUCAUAAGCAAAAACACACUCGUUAUUUACUAAUUCUUCAGUUACUGCUGUGCCCACGAAAUAAAAUGGAAACACUAUGAAACAAACUGGAAGAGAAGGUAAAUUGUUCAUUGCGUGAAGUGAUUUGUUUCCUGAAAAAGUUCUUUGGUCUUUUUUUUCCUUCCUUUAAUAGUUACUAGAUUCCCUGCAAUAUACUUCAGAAUAUUUAUUCAGAGAAGUGACCUAAAAUAUAUGGAUUCUUUUCCCAGUGAGCAGAUACGAAACCAAAUUGUGUGAAAUUUGCCAACUCGGACACGAUCGAUAAUUUUGUAUCGUCAAAACUUCUGUCUUGCUGUGAUACAAACGAUAUCAUUGCAUCAUUUACUCUUUCACCUUAAACAUUGCUGCAAAUGAAAAAAAAAAAACACAUCUUUUUAAAGGGUUACUCCUUGGUCAUCACAUCUAGUGAGAAUACACUCGGCAGUUCUGAUUGAAAAGAAGAAACUAUGCUAAAGUUGUUUGUAAAAGCACUGUUAUAUAUUUCUCAGUAUGUAAGCCUGGGAAUUUCUUGCAUGUUGAUUGAUGUGGCCAUACUUAAACUUAUGUAAGUUCCUAAGAUUGUAAGUUCAGAGUAUAUUCUCCAGUAGAAAUUUUAUUAUAUUUGAUAACUUUAGCCAUGUAACCUGUAAUGGAUAAAGUUUAUCUAAAAACCUCACUGAAACACUAAAGGUUAACGCCAGUUUUUACGUAUGCAGUGCAAUUCAGGUUUUCUUGAAAAGCACUUUGGAUGGUGUGGUGGUGAAAUAAGGAAUUCUUGCAGUAGCUGAAAUCGUUUUAAUUAGAAUUUGGAACGAAGCCCCAUAGCACAUAUUUGUAUGUAGUUGAGAGCUAUGGAAACCCGGAGGAACUUGCUGCUUUUUUUCUUCCAAAUGCUGCUUAGGUGGUGUUGAAAUGUGCACAACUCCUACAGAAACUUGGUGACGACACCAAAAGUCUCGAAAUAAUGAAGUACUGUAUUAACUUAGCAAUUUGCCCAUCACAGAUUUCAUGGAGGUUUAUUAUGAGAUGUCUUCACGUUUUUUGGCCAUUUUAUCUCCUCUGAUUGGUGCAUGCGCAAACUUUCAGGUAAAAGAGUGCAUGUUUAUCUGCAA